AUGGUGGCUGCACUAGACUUGAGACCAGUCAACUUUGUUGCAGCGCAUGUGACCAAAAUUCCAGACCAGUGCGAGGAAAAUGGCGCGCCAGGGCAGAAAGCCUGGCUGUAUGGGGCUCAAUAUCUCGACCAGUGCAUCCAACCUGCGUCCCGACCAAUACAACGGCUCCAAACCGAUCAGACCCAUGACCCCGAGCAGGUCCAGGACGGGCCAUCCAACUCCAAAUUUGCGUGA